AUGGGUCAUAGCUAUCUGCGGCAUGGGCCAACUCAGGCUUUUGGUCUUGUCUGCAGCUCUUCUUCAAACUCAUUUUACUCCAAAAAAUUGGCCUAUGUUCCCGCACUUGAGGAUGUCUUAGUUUGGGACAUGAAAAAAGGCCAAAUGCUCGCAAUGUGGCAUGAAACUGGUCAUAGUGCAGAAGUUACUUGCAUCAUAGAUGCCCCUCAAAAUACCCUGUUUGCCGUUGGAUAUGCAGACGGUUCUAUCCGUCUGUGGGACAGUACAACUGGGUCCGUGACCGCAACUUUUAGUGGUCACUCGAAAGCCAUCACUGCACUUGCGUUCGAUGAGCGCGGUACUAGACUGGCAUCCGGCUCCCAGGACACGGACUUGAUUAUCUGGGACGUCGUUGCAGAAUCUGGGCUCCACCGUCUGCGUGGUCAUCGAGACCAGAUAACUUCCAUUCGUUUUAUAUCGGAAUCAGAGUUGCCAUCUACUUCAGGUGGUUCGCUGUCGCACGCUCUACUGACGACCUCCAAAGAUACUCUGAUGAAACUAUGGGAUUUGUCGACGCAGCAUUGCGUUCAAACAGUCGUAGCUCAUCGUUCUGGAAUAUGGGCAAUGGACGUAGAUCUAGAACAAAAUCUCGUUUUUACCGGUAGCAGCGACGGAGAACUGAAAGUGUGGAAACUCUCACUAGCUUCAUUGUCUCAAGGUUUAACAGACGCUGAAUCUGGCGAGAUUAACAAGGCCAUAUUACCCUUCGCUGACCUCCCAUUGUCGUCUCGUCACCGCGUCUCCCAAGUUACGCUUCACCCUUCUCAACCGUACCUUGCGGUGCAAUCACACGAUAGAUCUGUUGAGAUUUUCCGCAUUCGAACAGAAGAGGAGGUGAAAAAAAAGCAAGCAAGAAGAAUUAAACGGCAAAAGGAAAAGAAACAGCGUGUUCAAAACGCUGGCGAGGCGGAAGAAAAUCCAAUAGAUACUGAGCAGGAAGUGAAACUACUUGAUAUCGUCGUGCCGCAUAUUGUUGUUCGAGCCACCGCCAAAAUCCGGUCUUUUGCGUUUGAUAUUAAUCAAGGUGGAACGAAAGGAGGCCUUCAUCUUCUGACAGCUUUGGCCUCUAAUUCUCUAGAGGUCUACGCGAUCCCGUUGUCUACGAAGUCUGAAGACGAUGCUGCAGAUGCCAGCAAGGUUUUUUCUGUCGACAUUCCGGGCCACAGGAGUAACGUUCGGACCAUGUGUCUGAGCUCUGACGACCAGCUCUUAGCCUCGGGUUCAAAUGGAUUACUCAAAAUAUGGAACAUGAAGUCAACAGCAUGUAUCCGUACAAUGGCUUGUGGAGAUGCUAUAUGUAGCACUUUCUUUCCAGGCGAUAGACAUCUCGCCAUAGGGACUAAAGCUGGCGAGAUCAUGAUAUUUGAUAUUGCUUCGUCCUCUCUUAUCAACACUAUCAAAGCUCAUGAAGGAUCGGUGUGGUCUUUACAUGUACGCCCUGACGAGCAGGUUUUAGUUAGCGGGGGAGCCGACAAGGACGUAAAGUUCUGGGAUUUCGCACAUGAGGAAGGCUCAGACAACAAGGUUCCAACACUUAUCCAUGCCCGGACUCUCAAAAUGAGCGAUGAAGUAUUAUCAGUUAAGUACAGCCCCAGCGGAAAGCUUUUGGCCGUAUCACUUCUCGAUUCUACCGUCAAAAUUUUCUAUCAAGAUACCUUGAAAUUUUUCCUAUCACUAUAUGGUCAUAAGCUUCCUGUUCUUUCUAUGGAUAUAUCAGAUGACUCAAAACUCAUCGUGACUUGUUCUGCGGAUAAGAACGUCAAGAUCUGGGGAUUGGAAUUCGGAGAUUGUCACAAGUCCAUAUUUGCACACGACGACAGCAUUAUGCAGGUAGCUUUUGAGAAAAGAUCGCACUAUUUCUGGACGGUAGGGAAAGAUAAAAUGUUGAAGUAUUGGGACGGUGACAAAUUCGCGAACAUCCAAACACUUCGUGGACAUCAUGGCGAAAUCUGGGCUUUAGCACUGAGUCAUCGCGGUAAUUUCGUAGUGACGGGAUCCCAUGAUAAAUCAAUACGAGUUUGGGAGAAACUAGAUGAACCUUUAUUCCUCGAAGAGGAGCGUGAACGGGAGUUGGAGCUCAUGUACGAAAAGGAACUUCCGGAUCAGUUACAUGGAAACGAGAACGGGAAACAUGGCGAAGAUCAGCCGGAAGUGACUCAAGUCACCAAGCAAACGACAGAAACACUUAUGGCAGGAGAACGUAUAUUGGAAGCGAUCGAUCUUGCAGAUCAGGAAACAGCAGUUUUCCAAGAGUACGAAGAACAGAAAGCUCGCGUUGGCACGCUUGAAGCUGCUGGUCUCUUGCCUCCCCCACGAAAUCCAGUUUUAGCGGCAUACGACGUAGAACCGGAGGCAUACGUGCUGAAAGUUGUAGAGAAAGUUCCGACUACGGCCCUGCAUGAUGCCCUGUUGGUGAUACCAUUUAACAAGGUUAUCUCUUUGAUGAAGUAUCUCAGUGUAUGGGCACAAAAGGGGUGGAACAUCAUUCUCGUCUCGCGAAUCUUGUUUUUCCUCUUGAGGGUUCAUCAUCAUCAGAUAGUAUCGAACCGCGUUAUGCGUACAGCCCUCGUGCCAUUACGGCUGCACCUUCGUGCAGAGUUGCGACGUCAAAAGGAUAUCAUAGGAUACAACCUGUCAGCCUUGCAGUUCAUCCAAAGAAAGACUGAAACCGAACGAAUGACGCAAUUCUACGAGCGUGAAGGUUUUGAUCAAGAUAUUGCUCAAGCGAAAAUUGAGGAAGGAAAGAAAAGGAAAAGGGUUAACAUUACAACCUAAUAUACAGUUUAUAAAUCAUACACUUCGGGUACAGAUGGUGAGGUGUCGCGUUUACAAAUCUAUGUGAUGAUAAGCCUCUGCAGGUUUUGUACACUUGGUGUUACUCGUUGAGCUUUUCUUUUGGUCCCCAUAAGUCUACGAACCAAUUUUGCGGUUCCGAAGCCAUUCGCAUCUGCACCGUUAAUAUACCCUCUGCGGGCUCCGCCAAAGACCGGAAUGCUGACUUCGUGAGAUCAACAUGUUUCGAUCCCUUGGCACAUCCUGCGCAUGAAUCCACUACUCUGACAAAAACACAUGUCU